AGAGUGCGAGUGUCUUCAGUGCGCGGUGCAAAUUGCUGCGUCUCGCCAGUUACCCUCGUGUUACUUGUGACAUUGAAAAUGGGUUCUUUUUAUAAUUGCUGCCUGGAUUUUGAUGCUGGUCCUCAAGGAAUGAGGUGCGCUAGCCUCCUCACGCUUUGUGUGUCAUAAAGAGUGCAGUGAGCGCGCGAAAAUGACUGGAGGAUCCGAUAGAAGUCUCGCUUCAGUCACAGAGAAGCCGGCGCCGGCGCGGACGGGCCCGCACGGCGUCCAGGUCGUGAACACCGGCCCCGACCACACGUUUAUCCUGGACGAGGACAUUCUCGCCGAACUGCUGCUGCAGGAGGACAUUAAGGACAGAUCGGUGGUCGUCAUUUCGGUGGCAGGCGCCUUCAGGAAGGGCAAGUCGUUUCUGCUCGACUUCUUUCUCCGGUAUAUGCAUCAUAAGUAUGGUUCCGGGGGCGGCGGCGGUGACUGGUUGGGCUCAGACGAGGAGCCCCUCAGCGGGUUCAGCUGGCGGGGCGGCUCUGAGAGAGACACUACAGGGAUACUCAUGUGGUCCGAGAUUUUCAAGGCCACGCUCGAUGAUGGGGAAAAGGUAGCAAUCAUAUUACUAGACACACAGGGGGCAUUUGACAGUGAGUCCACAGUGCGCGACUGCGCAACAGUCUUCGCGCUGUCUACCAUGCUGUCCUCCGUACAGAUAUACAACCUCUCACAAAACAUACAGGAGGACGACUUACAGCACUUACAGUUGUUCACGGAAUACGGACGGCUCGCGCUAGAGGACGGGGGUCGGAUUCCGUUCCAGCGGUUGCAGUUCGUUGUGCGGGACUGGAGCUUCCCCUACGAAGCGCCGUAUGGUGCAAGUGGGGGACAGGUUAUACUAUCUCGAAGGUUAAAGGUAUCAGACAAACAGCACCCAGAACUGCAGUCGCUCCGAAAGCACAUCACCUCCUGUUUCGGUGAAAUCGGCUGCUUCCUGAUGCCUCACCCCGGCCUCAAGGUCGCCACCAGUCCCACAUUCGACGGAAGACUCUCUGACAUUGAGAUGGAGUUCAAGCGCGCCCUCCAGCAGCUGGUGCCGAUGUUGCUGGCGCCGGAUAACCUCGUCGUGAAGGAGAUCAACGGCCAGCGAGUGAAGGCCAAGGAUCUGCUGGUCUACUUCAAGGCAUACAUGAACAUAUACAAGGGGAACGAUCUGCCGGAGCCGAAGAGUAUGCUGGUGGCGACAGCGGAAGCCAACAACCUCACAGCCGUAGCGGAAGCGCGUGAAGUGUACACGACCCUGAUGGAAGAGAUCUGCGGCGGGGCGAAGCCCUACCUCCAGACGCAACUGCUGGAAGCGGAGCACCGGCGCAUCCGCGACAAGGCGUUGCACGCUUUCCGGUCUAAGAGGAAGAUGGGUGGCGACGAGUUCAGUCAGGCCUACUGUCAGCAACUGACACAUGACCUGGAGGAGCAGUUCCAGCAGUUCGUGGCGCACAACGAGAGCAAGAACAUCUUCAAGGCGGCGCGCACGCCGUCCGUGUACUUCGCGCUGGCGCUGGCGCUCUACGUGCUCAGCGGCGUGCUCGGCCUGCUCGCGCUCUACCCGCUCGCCAACCUGUGCAACCUCGCCAUGGGGCUGGCGCUGCUCACGCUCGUGCUCUGGGCCUACAUACGAUAUAGCGGUGAAAUGAGAGAACUUGGAGUGACGAUCGACGACAGCGCGAACUGGCUGUGGGAUAAUCUGAUGAAGCCAGUAUACCAAGCGGGCAUAGAGAAGGGCAUGGAGCGCGCCGCGGCGGCCGCCGCCGAGCGCGUGGCGCCGCCCUCGCCCACCACCAACGGCAAGCACAAGCAGUUGUGAUGGCCGCGAGCCCCGCCGGCCCGGGACCCGCCGGCCCGGGACCCGCCGGCCCGGGGCCCGUCCGCCCGGGACCCGCCGGCCUGGCAUCCGGCGCACCCGGCACGCACGCACGCGACGCACGAGCGUGACCAGACAUACGAAAAAACACCUAGAAUAAAACGUUGGGAUGAACUCAGUUGCCACGGAUGUGAAGUGUUUAAAGUGAUGUUUUUUGGGAUUGGGGGAAAUAGUGAAAUGGGCAGGUCAGCUGUAUGCAAGAGUGUAGUGGAUACUUUACCGCGACUAAGAACAAAUGAAGAAUGGAAUGCAUAUUAUAACACCACUUUCCAAUAUGAAAACACUUUGAAUAACACACUGCAAAAAACUGCGCCUGAUACUGAUAUUUGUCUUACAAAGGACAAUGGAAUCAAUUGCAAUCGAUAUUCAGUUGUGAUGAUUAGAAGUCAUAAGAAAUCCAUGGAGUGGAACAAGCUUAAAAUUAAUUGCCCAAUGGUAAAUUUAACUUUUGUACCGUGCAAAUAUGAAAUAGUUCGUUAUUGUGCGAAAAAUAGAAAAUUAAGACGACGCAAGCUGCAAAUAGAUACAGCGCGCUGUGCUUGCGGAAACCACAGCUAUGAAAAUACAGGGAAAUUUUAUAAUCAUUUGUUUAGUGCUGUGUGUACAAAUUGUGAUGUGAAUAGGAAUUGUAGUGGAAAUUCAAAUGUGCAGCUUGAAUCAUAUAUUGAAAGCACAACUAAGAAAUCGCGAUUUAAACGAAAAUCUAAAAUUUCCAAACUGUAUAUGUGUAUGUGGAUUUAUAAAAUUAAAUGUACACUUUACAAACAGUCAGAGCUAGAGAACCUUGUCUGGAUCAAGUUCUCUCAAUUCCUCAUUAGUUUCUAAAA